AUGAAAGCAGUUGGUGCAACUCAAUCAGUUUCCGAUUAUUUAGAUCGUAAACCAAUGCAAAAACCAAGUAGUAUUAUACAACCACAUGAAUUACAAGGUGAUAUUGAAUUUGAUAAUGCUUCACUUAUUUAUCUCCGAAGACCAAGUGAAAUUGCUAUUCAAAGUAUGUCAUUUAAAACAAAAUCAGAUAAAACGUGUGCUUUUAUUGGAUCAUCUGGUUCUGAUAAUCAUGAUGAAACAAAAAUGUUUCAACCAGCUGAUCAAGUUAAUCUACAUGGAUUUAUUAGUGAACUUAUUAAUGAAUAUAAUACUAAAUGUGCACAACGUGAUAAUCAUUUAUCAGAUUUCGAUUAUUUUAGAUAUGAUUAUUCAAGAAAAUAUAUUCAAUCAAAGCGUAAUGAUGAACUUCUUGUACUUAAACGUCUUUUUCGAUAUAGUCUACCCGAUUGGAAAAUAAUUACAUGUGGAACAAUAUUUUUAUUAGGCGCCGCUUUAUCUGAAGUUUUCGUACCAUUAUAUACAGGAAGACUUUUAUCAAGUGUUGCAUUUAAAGAAGCAUGGUUACAAUUUCAAUAUAAUUUAAUUAUGUUUGUUGUAGUAAAUUUUGCUGGAGGUUUUCUUGGUGGAUUUCGUAUGGGAAUUUUUUCUCUAUGUAUUUCACGUCUUAGUAUACGUUUACGAACAACAUUAUUUCAAUCAUAUUUACGACAAGAAAUUGGUUUUUUUGAUACACAUGAAAGUGGAAAAUUACUUUCACGUCUUAAUCAAGAUACACAAAUAAUGAGUUCAACAGUUGCUAAUAAUAUAGCACAAUGUAUUACUGCACUUGUUAGAUUUAUUGGUACACUAAUUAUGAUGAUUAAAUUAAGUAUUCAUUUAACAAUAGCUUGUCUUGUUGGUGCUCCUCUUAUUUUAAUUGUUGCUAAAAUAUGUGGUAAUGCACAUAGACGUAUAUCAGAAAAAGUUCAAGAUUUAUCAGCUGAAGCAUUUGAAAUAGCUGAAGAAACAAUUCAAACAAUACGAACAGUUCGAAGUUUUGGAAAUGAAGAUGAAGAAUUAAAAAGAUUUGAAACAACUCUUCAACAAUCAUAUCAAGUUUUAUGGCUACAAGCAAUUUUAACUGCAGCACAAAAAUGGUUUGUUGAAUUAGCACAACUUUGCAUGAGUAUUAUCAUGCUUUCAUAUGGUGCAAAACUUGUACGGGAUAAUCAUAUAACUGGACCUGAUUUAUUAGCAUUCAUUAUUUAUCAAUUAACACUCGGUGGAAUUUUAAGUGAUAUUUCACAAAUUUAUACAUCACUUAUGACAGCUGCUGGAGCAAGUCAAUCAGUUUUUGAUUAUUUAGAUCGUAAACCAAUGCAAAAACCAAGUGGUAUUACACAGCCACAAGAAUUACAAGGUGAUAUUGAAUUUGAUAAUGUUUCACUCCUCUAUCCAGCAAGGCCAAAUGAAAUUGCUAUUGAAAACUUGUCAUUUAAAAUAAAAUCAGGUCAAACAUGUGCUUUUGUUGGACCAUCUGGUUCUGGAAAAUCAACAUGUAUUAAUUUACUUGAACGUUUUUAUGAUCCUACUCAUGGAAAAAUUUUAAUUGAUGGUCGAGAAAUUCAUGAAUAUGAUCAUAAAUAUCUUCAUAGAAAAGUGGCUAUGGUUGGACAAGAACCAAUUUUAUUUAAUAGGACUAUUGAAGAAAAUAUAACUUAUGCUAUAAAUAAUAAUGAUGAAACAACAAUGAUUCAAGCAGCUGAACAAGUUAAUGCACAUGGAUUUAUUAGUGAACUUAUUAAUGGUUAUAAUACUAAAUGUGGACAACGUGGUGGUCAUUUAUCAGGUGGUCAAAAACAACGUGUAUCAAUUGCUCGAGCUAUUAUUCGAAAACCAACUAUACUUCUUUUAGAUGAAGCAACAUCAGCAUUAGAUCCUGUCAAUGAACGAUUAAUUCAAGAUGCUUUAUAUUAUAAGAAAGAGAAUUCAGAAUCUCGAACUGUACUUAUAUCAGCUCAUCGAUUAAGUACAAUAGAACGAUGUGAUAAAAUAUUUGUUAUACAUAAAGGUCAUUUAAUUGAACAAGGUACACAUGAUGAAUUAAUGAUAAUUGAAAAUGGAAUUUAUCGAGAACUUAUUCGACGACAAAGAAUGAAUAUUGAUGAUGAUUAG